UUGCUGCUGGCGGUAGUGGUGGUUGUUGGUGGUCGCUGGAUAUUGGGUAUACCGAGGCUUCUAAAUGAGGUGGUAGAAGAAGGUGGAAUCACUGAGUAGAGGGCGAUAGAGGGACGUGCGUUCCAUCGACUCGCGCAGCGGUCGAGGAGGAGUUGUUACUCUCGGCGCGGGCUGAGAGUGGAGUGCGCAUCCACGCAUCUCGACUCUGCACAUGACAGCUAAGAUUUAUUAUCAUCAUCAUUCAUUCACGUGGAUUUGAGCAAAGGGGCAGAAGAGAUUUUUGUUUUUUAUUCCCGACGAAUGCGUCGGGAAUGUCUAUCGCAGUGCACAGUGCGGUGCGCCGAGAGACGUCGCGAGGGAUGCCGGGACACACGCGCCGCCCCGCGCGCCGGGGACCCUCCGCCGUCGCCCUGCUGCUCGGAGCCGCCCUGCUGUGCACGAGUCUCGGCGCGACAGCAGGUGAAACGUGCCCCACUGUGACGGGGCUGAGAAGCCACGGGGAAGGAAAUCUCCAGCAGACGAAAGUCUCAGGGUUCGAACUCACGGCACUCUUCUUGAGAGCGGACAACGGCUCACCAAGGUCAGGACGGGCACAAGGCUCCAUUCGAGUUGGCACGAGGCCCAUCACGUUCCUCACCAGGGAGGUGUUCCCCCAAGGCCUUCCGCGAGAAUUCUCCUUCACCAUGCUCUUCCGCCUGCGUACCACGUCUCGCAAGGAGGACUGGUACCUGUGGAGGAUGACGGACGCCCAUGGUGCCACGCAGCUGGCGGUGCGUCUGAGUGGCGCGCGCCUCGCCCUGGACCUGGUGGUGCGCGGGGCCCCCGUGGGCACGCGGGCCUCGUUCCGCGGGCCCGCCGUGUCGGCGCUCUUCGACCGCCGCUGGCACGCGCUGGCCCUCUCGCUCGGCGGGGGUCGCGCCGAGCUGCGCGUCGACUGCGCGGUGGCCGGGGCCAGGCCGCUGCCCGAUAGGCGGCCCUCGGCCGGCCUCGACGACCCCGGGGGACGCACCGAUCUGGCCAAGCGCGUCCGCGACGGAGGCCCCGUCGACUUCGACCUGCUGCGGAUGCUCAUCUACUGUGACCCCCGCCAAGUGGAGGAGGACAGCUGCUGCGACCUCCCUGGCGCCCAGUGCGCGCCGCGGCUCGAGGCCACGUUGCCUCCGCCCACGAGUCGCCUGCCGCCAGCCGGGCGGUUCUCUCCGCUCGUGUCCACGCUCACCCCGUCGCCCAACUGCUCGUGCUCGCCGGGGCCGUCCGGCCCAGAGGGUGAUCGAGGGCUGCCUGGGCGAGCGGGGAAUGCAGGCUUCAAGGGGAAAUCUGGAUUCCAAGGCUGGAUGGGAGCUGCUGGACCAAAAGGAGAACAAGGGGACAUGGCCGUUGACUGGGAAGGUGGGGGUAAGAAAGGAGACAAGGGUGAUCCGGGGCAGACAGGUCAGCCUGGCCUCAAGGGAGACAAGGGUGAGAAGGGUAUUAUGGGCUCACCUGGAAUGAUCGGUCUGUCUGGACAAAAAGGUGACCAGGGCGAAACUGGAAUGAAGGGUGAAUCCGGACAUCCUGGAGCCAGGGGUCAGGAGGGUCUGCGAGGAGCACCGGGGGAAGCCGGGCCGCCUGGUCCUGUCGGACCCGCGGGCUUAGCGGGCAUUCCGGGCGAGAGGGGCCCCCUCGGAGACCAGGGUGCGAAGGGAGACGCUGGCCUUCCCGGAUUCGCUGGAGACGCGGGGAAACCUGGAAUCCCAGGCAUGCCAGGUAACCCUGGCAAGGACGGCUCUAAAGGAGACAAGGGAGACAUGGGACUUCCAGGCCCACCUGGACCUCCGGUCGUCACCGCCCAGAUAUCCGGAGCGGACGGCGAUCCCGGACCCAAGGGCCCAAUCGGAAGACCUGGGCUGGCAGGACCUCCUGGCGAUACGGGCCCUCCAGGACCCCGUGGCGAAAUCGGACCCCUUGGGACCGCGGGGAGGAGGGGUCGUCGGGGCCAGAGGGGAGCUACGGGGAAGGAGGGACCUCCGGGGAAACGCGGGCCACCUGGUCAGCCCGGACCUCCUGGUCAGCCCGGGCCUCCUGGAGCCAUCGGCAGCCAGAUGGAGUUGGGUGACCAGGGCCUGCCUGGCGACCUUGGCUAUGUGGGUCGACGAGGAGUUGUGGGAUCACCGGGUUCCCCGGGAAAAGAUGGCAAGGAUGGGCUGCCAGGCUACCCUGGACAAAAGGGAGACACUGGAUCACCGGGUUCCCAAGGGAAUCCUGGCAUCCCCGGCCUCAAGGGUGAUCCUGGGGAGAUUGGCAGACAAGGCCCUACCGGACAAAAGGGAGACCCUGGCGAUGGUGGUCCACUGGGUCCCGUGGGGGCAAAGGGGGACAAAGGAGAGGAGGGUGAGACAGGGAACCCGGGCUCUGCUGGAUUCAAAGGUGAAAAAGGAGACAGGGGCGACACUGGCCCGCGGGGUCCACCUGGCCUCCCCGCUGCUGGUUCUCAAGCGACGGGUGUGAUAACGACGGAGCCGGGACCUCAGGGAGAGCCAGGCCAAAAGGGAAGCAAAGGGGACGUGGGAGACCUGGGCCCUCGGGGUCCGCAAGGAAGAACAGGAAAUCCGGGCCCUCUUGGACCCGACGGGCAGAAGGGAGAGAAAGGGGAGAUCGGUCCCACUGGGAAUACUGGUAGAGACGGACCACCUGGGCUUCUGGGAUCCCAAGGAGCAACAGGACUGCCUGGUGUGCCUGGUCUGCCCGGGCCAAUGGGAAUGCAGGCAAAACCUGGGGCAAAAGGCGAAAGGGGCAUUCCUGGUGUCGAGGGAGCCACGGGCCCUCUUGGACCUCGUGGUCUGCCAGGCCCUCCCGGCCUACAGGGCCCCCUAGGCCUCGGUCUCCCUGGCAAACUGGGGGAGAGAGGCCAAGCAGGUCCAGCAGGCCCGCAAGGCCCCAAGGGUGAGCGAGGGUUUCUUGGAAACCCGGGUCCCCCAGGGGAGAAAGGUCAGCCUGGUAUAGGUGUUCCAGGUCCUCAGGGACCUCAGGGGACCGCUGGCGAGAGAGGGCCUCAGGGUCCAAAAGGAGCUCCUGGAUUUCCAGGCCUUCAAGGAAUCCCUGGAAAAGAUGGAGUCCCUGGGAAGGAUGGACGACCAGGAAUCGAGGGCCCCCCUGGCAAGCCGGCGCCCCUGCCUUUGAUCUCGCAAGGGGAGAUGGGAAACCUGCUCAAGAACGUGUGCAGCAGUUGCCUGACAGGAGCCCAGGGCUCCCCAGGUCUCCCAGGGCUCAAAGGAGACAAGGGCUACACGGGGAGUCCUGGGGAGGACGGACGAGACGGGGAGAAGGGAGAUGCUGGUUCUCAAGGUUCUGCCGGAGCCCCCGGAGUGGAUGGCAUGAAGGGCAGCAAAGGAGAGAGGGGGUUGACAGGCCCUGCGGGUGACAAAGGGGAAAGGGGUCUCCCAGGGUUACCUGGGUACUUUCCUGAGCCCAGCGUCAUCGGUUCUCAAGGAAUGCUUGGAGAAGUCGGCUCCCCAGGAUUAAUAGGACCACCCGGCAUAAAGGGAGAACCAGGAGAGGCUGGGCUUCCUGGUUCUAUGGGCCUGCCAGGACCACCUGGCCUGUCUGGGGUGGAUGGAAGAAACGGCAGAGAUGGACAAUCUGGUGAAAAGGGCAUGAAGGGGGAGCCGGGUCUGGUGGCAUUCGAUGGAGUAGAGGGGCCCAUGGGUUUUAAAGGAUUUACUGGAGAACCAGGUCCACCUGGGCCAAAGGGUGAAGAGGGCCCGUCUGGGCUCCCUGGGAGGGAUGGCAUUCAAGGGAUUGACGGGAGCCCAGGUCUCCCUGGGCCACAGGGACCCCCGGGGCCCAUCGGAGAACCGGGUCGCCUGGGACCUCCAGGGCAUCACGGCCUCCGAGGACUUCCAGGAGAAGCUGGCGCGAAGGGAGACCAGGGCUCCGUGGGAGACGUUGGAUUCUCAGGAUCAAGAGGACCCCCGGGGCCUAUGGGACCUGUGGGGAGAGCUGGGGAGCCGGGUAGAGAGGGCCAGCCUGGGGGGAAGGGAGACCGUGGGCAGAAGGGAGAACGCGGGGAGCCCGGGAUUCAGGGCGACCAGGGCCUACAGGGAGACAAGGGCCGAUCUGGCGAGCCGGGGCCCCCAGGGGUGAAGGGCAUCACCGGACCGAUGGGGCCGUACGGCAUCCCCGGCGAGAGGGGCUCACCCGGCCUGCCGGGGCUGAUGGGGCCCAUCGGGCCGCAUGGACCCAAGGGCGACGCUUUUCCCCUUGACGAGAUGAAGCGUCUGAUAAGAGAAGAGGUCACUAGGAUAUUAGAAGAUCGACUCACGAGGGUGAUGGCACACAUCCAGUCGCCUGCAGCCAUCGUCACAUCCCCGGGGAGACCAGGGCCUCCUGGCCCACCAGGAAGGGAUGGCACGCCCGGUCGACCUGGCAUGCUCGGGGAACCAGGUCCACAGGGAUUAAUGGGGUCCCAGGGCUCUCCCGGCAUACAGGGUCCUCAAGGCGAUAGGGGCCCCAAGGGUCAGCGAGGGGACCCUGGAAUCGCGAUCAAAGGGGAACGCGGAGUUCCAGGACAACCAGGCACACCGGGCAGCCCCGGGCAGGCCAAGGAUGGCAGCCCAGGCCCCGCAGGGCCUCCAGGCAGGUUCGGCAUAGCGGGGAUGCCAGGGCCGCAGGGGCCUCCAGGCCGGGCCGGCCGCUGUGACCCGGCGACGUGCCAGCAAGCGGCCCUGCUUGCGUACCGCGACCGGCGAGACGCGGAUAGGCCCUGACGGGAGACGAGGAGGCGAGCUCCGCGUGGAGAUGUUGGGCACAGGAAGGGGGUGGUUGAUGCGAAAUCCCGUAAGGGUUGCCCCCUCUGAUCAUGACUGAUCGAGGUGUUGUCAUGGCCAAGGCCUUUUAUGCCACGAAACCUCGCCAACCCUUUCUACUCUCUCGAGCAGAUUCCGCGGCUGCUGCACAGUAGGCGCGCGACAUCCGAGACGACCUGCCCUAACAGCAUCCCAACCCUCCCAUCAUCUGCUCUGAGGUCUUCCCCUUGGUUGCCAGACUCGUGGAAACCAUUCCAAUGCUUUCCACCUCUUAGGUACCAAAAAAAAAACAGGACACAUCAUGGGAAUAAUAAUAUCUCUCAAUACUGUAAGAGGGGAGACCUACUUGUAAUUGUAUUAUCUUCGGUGGUGUGUUGUUAUAUUAUUACGCAAAUAACGUCAUGGAAGGACUAUGUGAUUUGGCAGGAGAGCUACCUCAAUAAGACCACGAUCCUGGAUAAACCAGGGCAGGUGGCAACGCUGACGUUGCGGCCUAGCGGUGGAGGAUGUUUACGAUCCCACUCUGUGGCUGCUCCGCGCCCUGAAUGAUCGCCAUGUGAGGACACUUUACGUUCGGGCAAAAAAGUUGGCGACCGUUUGUUGCUUUCGCGUAAGACUGCAGGGAUUUAGCGUUCGCAGUGACGGAGAGGCGCGGAUUUGAGAAUGCUUCACAGCCAUCGUCGUUGAUAACACGGCCAUGAAGAUAAUAUUAUUGCGAGACGUACUUCUCCCCAUCGUACGCUGACGUUGAAUCCAGUUGAGAACAGUCUUAUGCCACCGGUGAAAAGGAGCUUUAUUGGUCAGAAUUUGAUCAAUAUAUUGGCAACGUAUAAAUAAUAUCUGUUUAAGCCUGACAAUUGUGGCAAGUGAUGGAGGGUUAAUUACGAGAAUUUUGGCGUAAAACUACCGCUUGACCUCACGCAAAACAAAAAAUGGAUCAUAAAAUACCACAUUCUCCUGAUUUAUAAGAUGUUCCAAAAAGUAAGACGCACCCCAAAAUUGUGCCCGGUGUCAAUAAAGUUAUACAAAUCUGGGCAUACACGCACCUACUGGAUUAUAAGACGCAACCAACUACUUUAGCUUUAUAAUACAGGGGGUAAAGGUGCGCCUUCUAAUCUGGAGAGUACGUUUGUACAAGAUAACGUAACGUUUUGGGCAUCAACACUUUGUCAGGGCGCCACGGUGGCGAGAUGUUAACUACCUCGCCUGGUGUACAAGAGGUUGUGGGUUUGAUCCCGACCCUGAUGCCUGCAUAUUUGGAGUUUGCAUGUCUCUCUCUCCCUGCAGUCGUGUGGAUUUCUCUCCGGGUCCUCUGGCUUUUCCCUCGACAUUUUUGUUGAGCUUUCAUUUGUGGCAACGUCGCGUCUGCAAACAAUAGCUACAUAUAAAAAUUAAAAAUAGGACAGAAAGAUGUGGCAUAGUUGCAAAUUCUGCUGCACUCUUAUUUCAUCUCAUUCUCUUCGUUAAUUCACAAUUGCAUGUUUAUGUUCGUACGAGAUGGCCUGUUAUUGGUGGCCAUGGUAAAGCAUUGUCAGCCUGGCGUACACUCACACUGUGCAUUGGUAUCACAAAUUUGGACGAGGGGGAGUUUCAGGCAGAGUAAACGACAAAAUAGAUCAAAUAAGAUGACAAUAAUGCGUGUCCAUUAAUGUUGCCAUCAUUACGUGAUUAUACAUAGACGGCAGUUCGAAAUGCGUGGUUGAAAUGUUGGAAGGCCCGCUCCUCCCAUACCUCACAUUUUUAAAACCUGAAAUCUUGAAUGAUCUUCAGCAGCGCGUAAGAUACGUGUUCGGAACAAUCAGAGCCAAGAUGCUGGCAAAUACCCAGCCAGGACUCAAAACUCAAUGUGGUGUUUGUCACCAAAGCCAUGGCGGGCACAUCGACGAUUCACACCACCAAAUACGUGUGUGUGUAGUUUUAUCGAGAUUGAUUCCCGCUCAUGUCCAACAACUCAGCGUUAAAUGAGUACCUAGUUCGGUGUUUAAACAUCAACUCGUCCGCCGUGCCGGCCUCAAAGGUUCUUGUGAAGAGCACUUGCCCCGACAAUCUGUUCAAAGACUAUAUGGAGUAUAUACUCUUUGCUUCUUUCGGUAAAGUCACGUAGGUAGAUCAAUUAUAGAUCACAACGUUUCGAUCGCAACACAAGCAAUCGUCAUCAGGUGGGACAGCCACAGCAAGAAAAAAACGUCGUGAUCUAUGAUUUUUCUACCUACGUGACUUUACCGAAAGAACCAAAGAGUAUGGAUUCCUGCAGUCACGAAAGCUUCAAAUCAAGAUUAUAUGGAGUAUCUUUGGCUUUAUCUUAGUUGUUUUUUCAACUUCGCUCAAACUGCUGUCUUAUUAUAAUUCCUUAACGAUGGAUGGUAAUACCGAUAUGUAUACCCUGUACAUGUAUUGCUUAGAUUAAUUUCACCCUCACUGGCCCAUGCGAGUGAAGGUGGAGGGGGGGAGAAACCCGAUUUCAAUUUCAAAGGCUCCUGUAGUCCCCAGUUGCCCAGUGAUGCCAUUGUCUUUGUCGUUACCACUAGGUCUAGUGGCCACUCCUCGCAGGAGGCCAUGGGGGGAAAAAACACUUGCUUUGAACCUCUCCAAACCCCUCGUUGGGACCUCCUUGUCGGCACGGACGCGCAAGAUGCAGCAGGAUGCUCGCACGUGGCUUCGCCGACACGAGGCAACCGCGCAAAUGAAAGGGGGUUGGGUGGGUGUAAGAGAAACAAAAAAACGUGAUAACCCACGCAAUUUUUCUUGUCAGGAAAGUCGGACUCUUGUUCAAAGUAAAGGUGGAUUAAGUGGAUGAAAACAAUUAAUUGAUAAGUUCGUUGUGCGGCCAUCUGUGGGGCGAUGAUACGAUAAUAACUGUAUCAAGAUGAUUGUUAAAGUACUCCAAUGAAGCAAGCAAGCAAGGGUUGUCCUUUAAAACGAAUAUGUGGGUUAUCCAGUUUUAGUUUUUUUUUUCCCCCCAGGACAACCAUCAAAUUACUUUUAUUCUAAACAAAACGUUUCCCUUGUUUACCGUAAAACACAAAUUAAAUAAAUUAAAUAGUUUAGUGCCAUCAUUUUUAUCGAAACCUUUUCAAAUGUUAAAACGCAUUAUCGAGGCCAGUUUAAAUUAACUAAAUUUUGAUAAAUAAAUAGCUUUAGUUACGCUUUGGAAAAAAAACGUUAUUUUUCACACGAGUGCUUAUCGUCAAACUCCAUGCACUAAGGUUUAUUUUCUGCGUACAAAAAAAUUACCUACGCUGAUCUACUGUUUCAUUUCUUCUUAGUUAUAUUUUUUUGGGCGGGGGGGGGGUGUACAAUUACCCCUCCAGCGUCACGGGAUAUUUGAUAUUUGAAUACUGCUGUACUGUUUAACCAUCGCGUUUCAAAUCACGGAAAACUAGAAAUGGUUUCCAGUUUAUAUAUAUUUUUUAUUAUUGUCAUUGCGCUCGCGAUUUGCGGUGCAGUCGUCCGGUAAAGUUUAAGUGCGAUCCUUAAAGUACCUCAAAUCCUGCCGGUCGGGAUUAUUUUUCUUCCGGCCGCUCUUCUUUAUUUACUGUUUUUUUUAAAUAACCGAAUUUCGUGUUCUUUUUUUCUGCGCGCGCGCGCGUGUGUGUGGCGUGUGUCAGCAAAAAAGAUCAUAUUUCUCGAAGUUAACCAAAGUGCCACCCCAUCCAAUGCAACCGUUUUGGGCUGUUUGUUUCUAGCAGUAUGUUGAUUUGGAUGUGAUGGCACAUUCCUCAAAUCCAAUGGGGGGGGGGCAUUUUCUGUUGUCUCUUUUCCAAUUUGAUUCUGGUCGUUGUUGCUACUGGCAUCACCGCAUGAGACGAAGCAACCGUCAGGAAAUCUCCCUCAAUCUCAACCUCGUAAUGCUCCGCUGCCGCACGGUAAUCGCUCGCUCUCGAAGGGAACGACUUGAGAGGCGCGAGGAAGAACCGCAGACAAGCGGGGAUGGCUGCCGACAGGCAGUGCACCUGGCACCAAAUCCCCUCCACCCCUGCAAACUUCUGCAGUCCUCUAUAUAUCAAGGUGUUAUUGGCCAAUGCAUCAGUGUUCACAUUCUUGGAGACUCACUGAGGCCUACUUGCUUGCUGGGGUCCACCGGCUGGAGGAGGGCAUCCAGGCACGAUAAUACAUCUCUAAUUGGCUGGAAUUAUCUCCGUAAGCGUGAAAUUGAUUGGAAAAGAGACCGUACCUGGCAAUACAAAGGCUGCGAGUUAAUUGUUUUCUUUAUUGUUACAUCAAAUUUUUUUGUGCUUCUGAUAAAUAGAUCACAUCUUCUGGCCAGCAUAGUAAUUUCAUAUUUUCAGUAGAGUGAGUCACCACAAUCUUCGAUUUAAAGGUGUUUGUAGUCAUUGUUUAUUAUGUAUAUAUUUUUUAAAUCAGUUUUUUAGCUAUGGGGUUGUUUUAAUUGUCAUUUGUUGAUUAACAAUCGUACAUUUUUCUGACAAAAUAUGCUACAUGAGAAGACUUCCUUUCAAAACACAUGAAAUAAUCAUAAAUUGUUACCCUUUGUCUCCACUCCUUGACGAAGGCCUUCCCUUGCUGUGACGGUUGUGGGAAUUAUUUCACCAUACUUCACCAUGCCGGUCAGUGCGUGUUCGCGAGGUGGGUCACUCGCCAGCGAUGUGAGUCGUGGCUGGAAACAAGAGCUCUGGUUGCCAGGUUCGUAGUGCUAUGCGCGCAACAACUGCACCACCGCUCACCUUCGAAACCCAGAUAAAGCAGACCGCACGGAUAUGUGACUUAAACAUUGGGUAACAUUGGUAGACUCAAAUCCACCUGCAGUGUUCAGUGUAAGGUCAGUGCGGGAGGUGGCAUCUGUUGAGAAAGUAGCACCUUUGGUGAGAGAGUAAGUCGUGAGUGAUUCCCAUCAGCCCUGGUGCAAGCAAGGAAGUUGGGCCCUCUGUCAAGUUUCCCACCCCUCUCUUCAUAGCCCAGAACCUGGGCCCCUCCGGCGCCCAUGGGUGCAGUUGUGUACAUAUCCUUACUACUUUGGGUAUUCAAGUAUAAAAUAAAUAAACAGAUGACUCGUACAUCGAUAGUAUUGGGAUGAGUUUCCAAUAUAUAUUGUAAGUUUGCCAUGAAGCUUGCAUUUUGGAAAACAGAUUUUGUUUUGCUGAUUUUUGGUGGCAUGUUGCUCGUCCUCAAUCUCUUUGGUUUUUAGGGAGAACAUAUUUUAAUCUCUUAAUAUAUCGGUACAACUACAACUGAAUUCGGACCAAUAGGGAGAUGAUGAUCGCUGCUCAAAUUUUUAGUGUGACAUUUUAGGGAUGCUCCUGAGGUGUAAUACACGUACUGGAACUGCAAUCUAGUAGAUGUCACCAAUUCUAUUGGUCUCCUGGCGUGGCUGGCAUGAUAGUUGAAAUGGAAACGCCACAGUCUACAUGAGCAGCAGAUCACGUGUGGUGGCACAAAGUGUGGCCAGGCCGGCAGUGAUGUGAGAAAAUAAUUGUAUUGCUGCACCAUCAUCUUGUUUGAUUGUAUCACAAUAUAGGUGAUUUUUAGAAUUACAUCUCUACUCUCCCACUCUCUUGUGAUGAAGUGAACCCUACCCUCAGUCACCUUCGGGACACACUGCUGAAAGGCCACAGUGCAAUGAGUACCAGUUAAAUAAUAUUUUUCACUACAUUUAAAGUAUUUUUGUAUUCUUGUUAUAUGUAAAUAAGCGCUAUUGACCAAUUGCCUGCGGCAAAAGUGCGUGUUAUUCUGGUUGUGCAAUUGUCUUGGCCUUUGUCAGAUAGCCUUAUAUAACAUGAUACUGUACCGCCUCUCUUGCGGUGUGUGUGUAUAUAUCGAACAUUAGUGGGGUGAGAUAUUUGUGAGAUCCAAUCUCUUAAAAUGGUAUUUGAAUUACCUUUCUUUAUUUUUUGAUGUGUUGAUAUUUCUUUCCGGUUGGAUUUCUUUAUUUGUAUACAUUUUAAAGAGUUACACAGGGUACUUUUUUGUGAUAAGAUUCACAUGAAGCAAUUGGUGAGUGUAACUGUGCACUGUAUGUUUUUACAGUGUUUGUUGUCCUGUAUUUAUGAACAUGUGUUGUUGGAAGUGAUUUUAUUUGAUGUGGUGCUACGAACACAAAUAGACUGCACAUACACACACACACGUACAAACAAUUUCCCACAUAGCCAUACAUAAGGCUGCAGCUGCUGCAGCACACAAGGUGGCGGUGUAGUCAGCACCACCGUUGCUUGCCCACCUGUAUCUCCAUAGUCCUGAUGCACGUCAAUGCGUAAACAGCAUAACCGUACCUCUAAUCACAGGCACCGCACACUUGGGAUGGGUUUUGGAUUUGAAAAAAAAAGAUUUGGAUUCCACAUUUUUAAAUUUUAAGGCCGAUUUAAGAUAAUUUUGAAUACAGGUAUUUUCAGAUGAUUUACAUGUAAUAAUGUAACAGGUCUUCGUGCUAACAGAAGUGACAUCAUCCCAACGCCACUUUUGGCAGAAGCAGGAAAGUAAGGUCAUUUCCUGUGCCAUCAUUUCCCGUGGUGCCAUGUUUCUUGAAUUUAUCGAUCCAAAACCAACAAAAAUUCAGAUAAUCCGAAAUGUUGUGUCUAGGCCAGAUGUUCGAAUUGUUUCCGCUUAAUUAAAAACAUCUGGAACAUCCCUAGUACACACACACACAUGACAGUCCUAUAACUUUAUAAAACAUAUUUGGGGCAGUUUCAGAUUGCAUUUCACUCUGAGCACAUUAACUAUUUGGUAGUUUCAUUCAGCAUGUUGAUCUUACUGUUGUUGAUUUUAUACAUUCCUUUAUUUUCAUGAUUCCUUGAAAUCUCACGGUGUGUAUCGUCAUCUAGAAUGUGGGUUGGUAUACUCUGCUGGUUAAGGUUUGAUAGUGGAAUGUUUUACUGGCAAUCAAUUUAACUGAGUUAAAAACGUUAAGAUGUUUCUACCACACCUGUAUGCAUGUCAGCACAUGCUUGUUAAGAAUUUAUAUUUUCCAACACUUUAAAAAGUAUUUGGCAUUAUGGUUUUUAAAAUGCUACCAUUCGUUCCUGUUGUUUUAAUUGUAUGCUCAAUAUUUUUAAAGUAUUUUUGUGACUAGAACAAUUAAGAUGAAGCAAUUACACAUCAAUCAUGGGUUUUAACUUUACCCAGUUCUAAAUAAAGGUGAUUAUUUAUUAAAUUAUUCAUUGGUUGAACCAUGAGUCACGAUCCAUCUGAUUAUGCCCUUUAUAAAAGACAAGGUUUUUAGAAACAGUAUCACAAAUUAUAUUUUAAGAGCUCAAUUCACAUAUGGCCCAAUUUUGGUU